UAAUAAUGUUAACACCGAACGAAUGGCCGAGUUGUUUCUACAUUGCAUUAUUUUCAACUUGUGAAACUAAAAAGAAGUACAUUUUACGCUUAUUUUUAUUUCUAUUUAGUUGUUGAUAUCCCACAUUAGAAAGACAUUUUAAAUCUAUCAAGUGUUAACAAAGUUCAAAGAUGUUGCGCUAUGAAGGCGUUACGGGCCACAGUUCAUUGCCUUAUGUAAAACUCGAAAUGGUGUUUCUUCCGUGAGUGACCGAAAUAAUACAGUGACUUAUGUGUGUAGUGUUCCUAGUGAGUUUUGGUGCCUGCGCUAGUUGAAAAAGUGUCAAAAUGUCUACUUCUUCGGCGCAAGUGUUGAUGAAAAAGGGCAAGCGGGGUGCAGCUGGAUAUAUACACGCGGAGUGCGUCAACGGUUCUCCGCAGCACCUCGGACCCUUGCUGGAUGUGCUGCUGAAUCCUAGCAAAGCCAUCGACGAGUGGGAGACGGUAGAUUGGUGUCGAUGGCUUAUUGCUGGCGGUCGAACGCCCGACGAAUUCGCAGCCAUCGUCCGGAGCUACGACAAACACGACAAAUGCGGGCUGGUGUGGAUCCCGCGCGUGGUGGCAUACAGGUGUCGUACGUGCGGCAUAUCGCCUUGUAUGUCUAUAUGUCGCGAGUGCUUCCACCGCGGCGACCACAGCACGCACGACUUCAACAUGUUCCUGUCGCAGGCGGGCGGCGCCUGCGACUGUGGCGACAAGUCCGUUAUGAAGGAGGACGGGUUCUGCAGCAACCACGGUAACAAAUGCCCCCACCCUGGCACCGUCCCAGCUGAUCUCAUGUGCGUCGCUGAGGCCAUGAUGCCGCGGCUCAUACUGCGGCUGCUGCAGCAUUUUAGAGAGAACAGCUUCUCAUCGGGCUCCCAGAACAACUCGGACAGCUACCGUAUAGCAGUCCACGAGUGCGAGCUGUACGUGCAGAUGCUGAUGGAGUUCAACAAUAUGGGCGACCUAAUGCGCUCCGCCAUGACCAAGGCUCUCAUAAAUCCGCAGAUGUACCGAAACCUGGUGGAGCCGCCAUUCCCAGACACAGAGUAUGGCUGUUACAUGGCAGAAUCUAACAAAAUGUACGAGAAAGCUAUCGAUUCCUUCCCUGCGCCCGAGCCUCCUGACGAAUAUAAGCACUUGCCUGCGCUUGCGCCGCGUCUGCAACACAACACGCUCCUGGACGAGUUCAUAUUCUGGACGUUUAAAUACGAGUUCCCUCAGAACAUCGUUUGCUUCCUGCUGAACAUGCUGCCCGACCAGGAUUAUAAGGAGCACCUGACGCGCACGUUUGUCCUCCACUACGCCCGCAUCCCGCUGGUGCUGGAGGCGGCCAAUGACCCCGACACUCUCUCCAACAGGGUCGUCCACAUGUCCGUCCAACUGUUCUCCAACGAGGCCCUAGCACUACGCUGUGUUCAACAACUACACUUACUGCACGUUAUGGUCCUAUCGCUAAGGUUGAUGAUGGGGAAAAUCCUUGUUCAAAACACCUUACACGAUCCAGCGAAGAACUUCCACUACGUGAUAGAUUGUACCAGAAGGGUCAUGAAGGAACACUGCUAUUGGCCACUGGUGUCGGAUUUCAAUAACGUGCUAUCGCAUAAAAGUGUCGCGUUGCUCUUUCUGCAGGAUGACUCGUUGGUCGAUAUGUGGUUCGAGUUUCUGUCCAUGUUGCAAGGCAUGAACGUAAACGUCCGCGAAGUCGGCAGCCACAUCGAAUUUGAGCCUUCCUCCUAUUACGCCGCGUUCUCCUGCGAACUAGAAGCCGCCGCGUACCCGAUGUGGUCGGUGUUGUCGCACCUCACAGAGCCUGCGCAAGCGCCGCUGUGUCGCCGCAUCAUAGCGGCCGCCUUGACGUAUUUACAGGAGUGGCUCGACGCUGUACAUUUCACUAUGCCUCAUACGGAAAGGUCGACGCCGUCAGUGAUGCAGGCGUCGUUCCACUUCCCGCUGCACCGCUACCUGGCGGCGUUCCUGUGCGGCGGCGCGCGCGCGCUGCGCCUCUCGUGCGCGGACGUGCUGCCGCCCGCCGACCUGCUCGCGCUCCUCGCGCACCAUCCGCUGCGCGUGCAGAGCCUGUUCUAUGAGAUCCUGGCCGGGAUAUGGGUGCGCAACGGCCUUCAGAUCAAGGGCCAGGCGAUGACGUACAUCCAGGCCAACUUCUGCAACUCAAUGGUCGACAUGGAUAUCUAUUGGCUGCAGAUCUGCGCGGCGCACCUGCCGGCCGACCAGUUCAUCGACAUGUGUAUCGAUAUGUUCGGCGUCCGGGAAUGGCUGAGCAUGCUCCCGAUGUCCCCGGUUCAGGCGGCCGAACAGGACGCCAUGGUGGAGGGCCUGUUGACCUUCCUCGCCAUCCUCGUCUCCUCGCAGACCAACCUCGGCAAUGACGAACUGACGCAGUCGCGUCUAGAAGUGAGCACCCUCCUCGCGGCCGGAGACAAAACACACUCGCAACUCCUAGAACUGAUGCCUGAGAGGUCAGGCAACGCGCACACCAGGAACUUCGAAACUGUGCUCAAAGAGGUAUCCUUAUACCGUCCCCCGCCAAAAGGUUCUGAGAACUUGGAACAGGGUCUGUUCGUGCCCAAACCGAUCGUGUGGGAGAAAUAUUACGAACCGCUGCACGUGCUGAGACGUGCCGUGCAUCGGAGGGACUUUCACGCGUCUAUGGACAGAUUCACUGCAUAUGUGCGUGAGAAACAAAAGGAAAAUGGCGGCAACAGUAGCGGAGAAGGCGUGGCCAACAACGGCAGUGCGGCCGGCGCGUUGUGGCCGCCGCUGCGACUGCCGCAGGCUGGCCCGACCGGCGCCAGAGACGUCAGGGCUGUGUGCGCUUCAGGAGUGCUGCACGGCGCGCUGCUGGGCGUGCUGCACCGCGGCGUGCACCGGCGCGCGCCCGACCUCGCGGCGCCGCAUGCGCCGCCCGACCACGUGCUGGCGCUCGCCGUCUAUCUGCUGCACGUUUGUGCUCAUCUCACCGACGAACUCGGCUCCACUCAUCGCGACGUGUGCGUAGCGGAGUGUGCGGACAGCGGGCAGCGGGCGCGCGUGUCGGGUGUUCCCUUACUCGGCGCCUUCGCCGGCGCAGCCGUCUGCGACAACGCGCGCACUGUCGUCGUCUGCGUGCCGCCGCGCGCGCCCAGCGACAGCGACAGCGACAGGGCGCAACCGCACCAGUAUCCCGCGCAUUAUCAUUCUGACAGCGACACGGAGUGGGAGCCCCCGCCGCGCCGCCCCCCCCCGCACAAGCCGGGCCAGCUCCCCCCCGCGGGCUCCACGCAGCUCGCUGUCCCGGCACCAUUACAGGUGGCCCGUGGAGAUUCAAUGCCAGACGACCAAUCUGACGCGGGAGGAGACGCGCCGCGUAUAAGAGCUUUAGAGGACUCGCACUCACUGUCGUCGCUGGCGCUGCAGCCGCUGCAGCCGCUGUCGCAGCUGUCGGACGAGGCCGAUGAGCGGAUGACGUUGGCGCUCAGCGAUGACGUCACGCCGCCCGUGUCCGCCGACUACGAAAUGUCGGCCCCUGAAUGGUGUAUAAUGGGGCCAACCCCAGCGCUGCCCGCCCCGGCCUCGCUCGAGGACAGCCCCCAACAAUCGCAACCCUCAACCAGCACACAGAUGCAACUCCAUAAGCAAGCGGACGAAUCGAUCCCCGUAAACGAAUCGAUAAUAUCUCUACUUCUCAAACUCCACUCUCAACUUUCUGGACGGCUCGACUCCUUCUCGCUCGAUGAACCCGCACCGGAGACACACGAACCCAUUGGCGACGGCCCACACUUCAUCGGCGCUUUAUUACGUAAGCUGGCUCGACUAGACGCCCGCUGUGCGGCCGCGAUACAACACGUCAGGAAUACGCUGUGGCCGCACCAGAGGGAGAGACAGGCGGAACAACGAGCUAGAGAACGCCAAGAAAAAGAGGAAAGAUCGCGCCGCGCGCGGGAACGCCAACAGCAACUGAUGAAAGAGUUCGCCCGCAGACAGCAACAGUUCCUGUCCAGCAUGCACAGCAUGGCGGGCAGCGACGCACCCAUGGAAUGGGAGGACGACGCUGUCGUCAAGGACUACGACUGUGUCAUCUGCAACACCACCUCCCCGACCAGGGUCGAUGACCCCAUUGGCCUGUGUGUCUUGUUACAGUCGACAUCAGUCCUGGGCCACCGGCGGCGGGCGGGCGCGGCCAGCUCAGCGUCGCCGGUGGCCAGCAGCAGCUCGUCCUGUCUGAACGCGAAGCUGCCGCUGUCGGAGGCUGAGCUGCGCCGCUUGUCCGCCGCCCGCGACGCCACCGCCGCCGCGCACCACUACCGGCUCAGCAUCGAUUUACACGACCACUUUGAUAAGGAGUCAUGGCUGAUGAGCGUGAGCGUAGGAUGGGAGGGGGGGGUGCACGUGCAGUCGUGCGGACAUCACCUGCACCUGCGCUGCCUGCAGCUGUACCUGCGCAGCCUGGCCGCGCCGCAGCGGCCGCACAACCUGCAUGUGGAGCGCGGCGAGUUCCUCUGCCCCGUGUGCCGGCAGCUGGCCAACACCGUGCUGCCGCUGGCGCCGCCGCCGCCGCCGCCGCCGCGGGCGCCGCCCUCAGCAGGGCUCGGCAACACCAACGCCUCGUAUAGAGAACUUGCUGCGCAGGUGCAGAGAAUGUUGGAGCAGGAUCGGCCCUCGCCGGCUGGCAGCCGACUAUCGGACGCGAUGGGCAAGGCCAUGAAGGACAUGACGGCCACCGCCAGCAGCAAGCUGCGGCAGCGCUACGGCAGCUCCCCGGCCGCCAUCUUCACAUUCGUCGCGUCUUUGGUGCGAACCAACCUCGAGUGCGAGUUGGUGCAGCGAGGGGGCGCGCUGCACUCCAGCUGUCCGCCGAGGUACAAGCCUAGGAACGAGUGUAUCGUGCCGCUGAUGUCGGUGGCGGGCGCGCACGUGCUGGUGCUGCGUGACGCAGGCGCGGGGCUGGGCGCGGCGGCCGCGUGGCGGCUGCUGGCGCCGGACGAGGACGGCGCCGCCAGCGACGACGGCAACGCCGCCGCCGUCGUGUGCGGCCAGCGGCUGGCCGGCAAGCCCGUGCCGCUGCUGCUCAAGGACCCCACGGCGCUGCUCAUGCAUUUCCUGCUGCUGGCGCCGCAACACCCGCCUCACAUUGAUUUGCAACACUUCACCUGCAUAGUCCGAGCGUUGUACACACUGUCGUACUACCAGAUAGUGUGCCAGUUCAUAGCGAGUACGAACGCGGAGGGUCGGGCGGCUCUGGCCGGGAACGACAGAGUGAGUGGGGCGGGAACCGAACUGCAGGCGGCGGCGCGGCUGCUGCUGUCCGCGCUGGCCGACUGCGACCUGUUCACGGAGGACGGGCCGCCGCAGGCCGCCGCGCUGCUGCCGCCCGACCUGCCGCAGAUGGAGGGCCAGCUGCAAGAGCUACUGCUGCCGUUCGUGCGCAUCGCGGCGCUGCUGCGGCAGCAGCUGUACGGCCACGAGCUGCCGCCGGCGCCGAGCGCGCGGCUGGAGUUCGCGCGUCUCCUGCACUACCUCGACCUCGUGCCCGACGCAGCCGCCGCCGGCUGCUCUGCCGGGCGAGCGUUGCCGAGCGGGACAGAGGUAGCUGCGAGGCGCUGGGCGCGGCAACUGGGCGCCGCAGCCGACAGGGGCCAGUUAGUGGUUCGCCGCCUCCUCCGCUCGCUCCACGUGGAGUGGUGCCAGCCGGCGCUGCUCUCGCUGCCGCGCGACUACGACCGCCUGUUCACGUACUACCACGAGAGGGUCUGUCUGCAGUGCGGAGCCGUUCCCAAAGAGGCGUCCGUCUGUCUGCUGUGCGGAACUGUCGUGUGUCUCAAGCAGGCUUGUUGUCGCCAGCAAGACGUCGCUGAAGCUGUGCAGCACGCGAUGGAGUGCGGCGGCGGCACGGGCAUAUUCCUGGUGGUGACGUCCACCUACAUCGUGGUGAUCCGCGGCCGCCGCGCCUGUCUCUGGGGCUCGCUGUACUUGGACGACUACGACGAGGAGGACCGGGACCUCAAACGCGGCAAGCCGCUAUACCUGAGCCAGGACCGGCUGGAGCUGCUGCAAGCGCAGUGGCUGGCGCACCGCUUCGACCACACCAAGCGCACCUGGGUCUGGCACAGGGACUCCCUAUGAGAACCUCCUCCCCCCACCACUCCUACACUGUCGGAGCUAACUACGAGCACAGCCGUUACACUUGUAAGUAACUUCUAUAAGUUUUAUGUAACUUGCAACUGUUAGUUGUAGAAAUUACGAUGAAUAGAAGUGUAAACUUUACUUAAAACUGACGUUACUUAAAACUGCAAAACUUACAAGUGUAAUGUGGCGAUUGAAAUGUGAAAAUUGAUUUUACGGAGCUCAAUACCCACUAUCGACUUUGUACAUGAUAUUUCGCAAAAUUAUUGUUUUAUGAUUAAGUUUUUUAGAAUUUCGACUAUUGUAACUCUUUAUUAGGCUAUUUUAAUUUCAACUCUUCUUCCUAUUAACAUAUAAACUAUAUGCUGUUACCGACGUCAUAUUUCAGCCAAUAUGGUUGCCUUUUUUCAACACUACUAGUUUUAUUUUAAUAAUAUACUUUCUUGACCAAACUUCUUUGCGAAAAACGACGGAAAUAGAAAUGCCACGUAACACUUUACACGUGUCAUCCGUAAUUGAUAUAUACGCGCGUCGUUUAAAACAAUUGCAAGAUGAAUUAAAUUAAAAAAGUGUAUAUAAGCCGAGCAACGUUUCAAAUUUGAACGUUAUUUAUAUCGUACUUUAGAGUCGAAAAUAAUCUUAGUGUUCGAAUAGAUGGAAUAUUUUUAUACGCCAUUAUAUAUUCUCCUACUGCUAAAAGUACACCCACAUUUUUCACGAUCUUGUCCAUAAGUACAUGCCUGCGAGCGAAGAUGGGACGCCACUAUAGUAUAGUUUUAAUGUUAGAACAUCGUUUCUAGUAUUUUGAUCUCGCCUCGCUCAUCGGCUUCAAAUCGACGAAGAUUUUCACCGCUCAGUUAAUUUAUUGUCUUUAUUUUUGCCAAGUUUUUAUAUAUUUUUACUAAGAACGUCUUAGAAUGUUCUAGAAUUGGCGGAACAAUGAUGCGCCAAUCACGCAUUAUUACGAGGAAACUAAUGAUUCAUAUUAGAGACGAGCAAAUUUGCUAACUUGUUAAAUUUAUCACGUAGUUACAUAACUAUGCUUAUGUUAGUUAUUUAAAUUUUACAUGUAACCCUUUGUAAAUAAUACUAUACAUUCGAUUGAAACGUAGAGUAAUACAUAUUUUUCGUAUUUGGCAAAUAUAGCCCUGUAAGCCUGGCUGUGAAAACGCCUUAUAUAACAAAACAAUAGUAAAUUAUAUGAAUGCACACGAACUGUUAACUAUUUAUGCCUGAAAAUGCUGCACUUUUCCAUGAACAAUAUCUUGAACCAAACUGAGUACUUUUACCUCUUAUGAAACUAGAUUUUUCAAAUACUUUUAUGAUGUAUGUGCCUCACAUUGAUGUCUAAAACAUUAAAAUGAUAGCAAUAAUAUUUAAAUUAUGCUUGCUCAAUUUUUUUUAUAGCGUAAUAGACAAACAAGCGUAAAACAGGUCGCCUGAUAGUAAGCAGACAACUCAUACUCCUGGUAAAAGUGUAGUAUAAUGAAUAUUUGAGAUGCCUUUAGCAAAAUUAAUAUUUCACAUUAAAAAGUUUAUCACUGUUAAAUUGUUUCUUGGUCAGGCUUUGUCAUAGCGUGGAUUCGUUUUUGGUUUUGUCAUUCGAAUCUGUUUUAUAUUGCGAUUCGGACGGUAAAACUUCUGUUCUACCGGACAUACGGUAUGGGAAAUCACUCCGUGUUAUCGAUACAAUAGGGGCUUAGUUGCUUUGUAAAUUUUAUAACAUAAAAAAAAACAUUUAGUUCAAAAUAAUUUUAAAACUUAUUCGAUUAGCAAUAUAAAGCUCAUUUUAACCAAUUUUUGAUCAAACUAUGUGACCAUUUUCAAGGAUGUGAAUUAAGUUUCAAAAAUCCGUAUGUCCAGUAGAACUUUGCGUUAGUCUGUGGUGUUGCCAACCUACCCUGUCCUGUAAAUACUACGGUCAAUUCUGCUGUCAUAACAAAGGGCGCCUCUUCACACACACACAUAUCAUAUAGCUUUUAACAUUAACGAAUGGCUACACUGAACUGAUAUGUUAAAAAUAAUUUAAAACUCAUACUUCAAUAGCCAACAUAACGCCUUUUAAGUACGCGCCAACGUAUCAUCAAGAGCAUCAAUAUGAAUGAUUGUUAUGAAUAUUGUCUCAUCCAUUAUGAUGCAGAAUCCUGACGUCCAAUGGGUGUUGCUAGGCUGUGAAUGUAAAAUUACUUUCUCUGUUGACGCAUUGACGAGACCUAGAGUUAUUAUUAAAUUAUUAUUAUUUUAUAUUUCAUAUUUUUAUAGAGGAUAAUACUAUGGUCAUUAGAUAUAACCGCUUUCGGAUUUCCCAUACCAAAUAAAGAUGUUCUUCAGCGAUUUUUGACAAUAGCAUAGCGUAAGUCAAUAUAUUUAGUUUUUUUUUUUGUUAGCAUUGACUUUUUACUUGGUUUAUUUACUGAUUAAAGGUCCAAACUCGCCAGGUUAGUCCUUAGUUUAAUAUCAUCUCAUUUUCUUUUUUAUAAUGUAUUUAGCAGUCGUUUUGUGCUUGCCAAAAUAUUAAUUAACCUAACUUUUGGCACAUAUUGUAAUCGUCGUUUCUUUUAUUGAAAAAAAAAAAAAACAAAAAACUUUUUAUUCAACAUGAAAUGUCAUUAUUAUGGUAUGAUGCGUAUAUUUCGAAUCUGAUGAAAGAAAAAUCUUUCUCUUGUGCAAUGUAGUUGAGAAUUGUAUAUUUCAUUUAAGUACAUUACAUAUGUUUAGUCUCAAAAUUGUAUUUAGUGUAGUUGUUACUAAUUGUAGUUGCGUCGUUUAUGUUGUAACAACGAACCGUAAUGGCGAAAUUAAUUCAGAUUUAUAUAUAUAUAUAUUAUUGAUUUAAUGGUCGUUGCUCUGUUAUAACGAAUGAAUUUAGGCUGUAUUGCUUGACGAUAAUUAUUUUAGUAUAUCAUCAUUGCAUAUGAAAUAUAUUAUGUUUAUACCUCACUACCACGCCUGAGCUCGCACCAUCCGAGCUAUAUUUGUUAACACUUGUGUAUGUAUAAUUGUUCUUGUAUAUAUUCAAUCAUUAAAGUUGUUGAUAUUUCAA